GCAGUCAGAAGUCAGCAGGACACAGCAGUUGUCCUUGUACCAGCGCACUGAAGAGUACUGCAGUACUUUGGUAGUAGUACUAGCUGUAAAUAGGUGUUGUGUGGUGGUGGGUAUCACAAUAAUAGUCCGAAUAACGUUGUUAACAGUAACAACAGAAGUUUGUUUGCAGGAAGAGAACUCAGAGACUCUACAUGACUCCGCCUGAGGUAAGAAAAUGUGUUUUAAUUUAUAUUACAUUAAGUUUUAAAGGGUGUUUGAUGUGUUUAUUAGACUUAAUGGGGAAUUAGAUGCAACACGUGGAGGCUCACGGUGCGCACCUUCAAACAAACACCUGGCUGUCCCUCAUUUAUUUUAUUUGAAUAAAGUGAAGGGAACUUUGUUAGGAUUGAUUUAGACAAACUGGUUUUCAAAGAGGAUCCAUGCAGAUAAACGAAAGAGAGGUAAAAACAUAUCAUUAUUAAAUAUUUAGGAUCACAAGUGAAAGGAUGAAAGUGAGAACUAAAGAUCACUAGUUUUAUCUAUAUAAAUCUGAGGGGUCGUCGACAUAAAAUAUAUAUAUUCCAUAUAUAAUUCUGGACUUUUCUCAAAUAUUUUCUUUUUUGUGAAAUAAUGGAUCAUUUAAUCAGAGUUAUUUAAAUAAAAUGUGAGACGUUUAGAUGGGAAAUAAAGUAACAGCACAAAGACAUCUGAAAUGUGACGAGGACUAAAUGAAAUGUAUGUGUUGUAUCUUUUUUAAUGUUGAGACUUAAUUUGAAAAGUAAUCAGUACCUGUAUCUGCCAAAUAAAUGUAGCACAACAUCUGUCUCUGAAAAGUAGUGAAGUAGAAGUAAAAAUACAAAUAUAAAAUAUAACAUACAUAAAAGUACCUCGACAUUGUACUCUGAUACAGUACUUGGGUAAAAGUACAUUCAGAUGAACGGCUGCAGCCAUGAUUGUCUUUGUCUCUCCUUUUCUUCCCUCCUCUCUCUACAGUAAGUUGAUCUUUUCCAGCCACAGUAAAGGUCAAAGGUGGGGAGUAAUUUGUAUCAACAGGAAGUUUGUAUGAAACUUAUGAAUCUUUAAUGACACAAGCAAACUGUUCUGGAUGAUGGAUUUAACAGUUUGUAUGUGUGUAUGUGGCCGGAUGAUUAAGAAGUUCAGCAAGUGAAGAAAUGUAUUUAUUAUUGAUAAGAUUAUGAAAGCCAAUAAUGACAGCUGAUUGCAUUAUUGAUAAGACCAGAUAAAGCAGCUGCUGAAUUUCCACAACACAAUUAUGAGAUAACGUAGAUCCACACACACACACUUUUUCAUCCCUCCUGUCUUCAGGAUGAAAGUGUCAAAGAAAGUGUAACUGUAAAAAUGAAUAAAGUUUUAAAACCUUCCUGUCUUCCAGAUGUCGUGGCGUUCGUCUUUCCGCUGCUCAAAGUUUCGCCACGUUUUCGGGAAGCCUUCCAGCAAGGAUCACAGCUAUGAUGGGGUGCCAAUCACACGCAGUGUCCAUGACAACCACUACUGCUCAGUAAAUCCCUGCUUCUUGGCCGUGGUGACUGAGUGCGCCGGGGGCGGGUCCUUUUUAGUCCUGCCCAUCCAUCAUACGGGCAGGGUGGACCCUCAGCACCCGAGGGUGUGCGGUCACAGUGGGAGGGUCCUGGACGUCAAGUGGAACCCGUUUGACGAUCACUGCGUCGCCUCAUGCUCAGAGGAUUGCACUGUGAAGAUCUGGGACAUCCCCGUCUGUGGUGUCCAACAAAACCUCACCAAGGCCAGGAAGACUCUGAUUGGUCACUCCAGGAGGGUGGGGCUUAUUGAGUGGCAUCCAACAGCUGAGAACCUGCUGCUUAGCUCCGCCUACGACUACAAGGUCCUCCUCUGGGAUGUGUCCCAAGUAGGCUCAGUGCUCAGGUACCCAGUCAGGGUCAUUCUGAAGCCCAUCUACAACCGCUACCCACCUGAUACGCUGCUGCUGUCCGUCAGCUUUAACAGUGAUGGCAGCAGACUGGCGGUCACGUCCAAGGACAGGCGGGUUCGAGUCCUGGACCCGAGGACAGGAAAGAUUCUGCAGGUGUCCAGCAACAAGACCCACAGGGCCAGUAAGGUUUUAUACAUCGGAGGGUUGAAGAUGCUUCUGUCCACCGGCAGCUCACCCUGGAACCAGAGACAGAUCGUCCUCUGGGACCCUGACGACUUAUCUGAGCCUCUCUAUGAAGAAGAUUUGGACGGGUCUGCUGGAGUCCUGUUUCCGUUCUACGACCCAGACACGCACAUGCUUUACUUGGCUGGAAAGGGUGACGGGAACAUCCGGUACUACGAGCUGAGCACUGAGAAACCGUACAUCAGCUUCCUGAGAGAGUACAGGUCCCUGCUGCCACAGAAAGGACUCGGGGUGAUGCCAAAGCGCGGCCUGGACGUGAGCGCCUGUGAGCUUUUCCGAUUUUACCGCCUGAUUGCCAUCAAAGACCUGGUGGAACCACUCUCAAUGAUCGUACCACGAAAAGAGUCAGGUCUUUUCCAAGAGGAUCUGUAUCCAAUGACAGCUGGAAACCAGGCGGCCAUGACGGCUCAGGAGUGGAUGUUAGGGAUCAACAGAGGCCCGGUUAUGAUGUCCCUGAAGCCUGGGACUCAAGUAGCCAACCCUUACCCAGAAACCCCUGCUGAGAAGGGGCUGGUGAGGCAGCUGGGUUCCCUGAGGUUCCAGAUGGGUCCGGCUAUCGGUGCAGUGACCAGGACCGACCUGGACUUUAUGGAAGAGGCCUUCCUUGAGGAGCAGCUGGCCUACCAGGACGCCAAAUACCCCAGAGAGGUGAGCGAUCUGUCGGGGUGGCAGCCAGAUGAGACCCAUAUCCCACUGUGGACGUACUGCUGCACGCCACACUGCUGCGAACCAGCGGAGAGGCCGCCACCUACAACCGAGAGCGAGCUCCUGCAAGCAUUUUACAGACAGCAAGAAGAGAUUCGAGACCUGAGAGAACAACUUAAUCAAAAAGACGUGAGGAUCGCUCAGCUGGAGCUGGACAUCAGAAACGCCAGAAACAACAUGCGGGCGACCUUCUGA